GACGUAUGGUGUAUAUGGCGCUCACGGUUGGCUGAGCCGAAAAGCAGGCAGGUAGGGAAUCUGCUGCGGGACAUAAAUAACAUAUACAUAUCCCUUAUAUUCUGUCCUGUUUAAUCUACCUACCUACCUAGCAAGUAAGUUAAGUUUUUUACGAUAAACGUCACUGCGCUUGAGUAACAACUAAAAAUCUUCGUUGCAACAUAUCCGGCACAAGGUCAGACAUGAGGCUCUGCUCUUUUCUUUUGCCCUGCUUGGCAGCAGCCCUGUCAUCUGCAUUUGUGAUUUCACCUCCACACAUGUGGACCAAACUGAUCCUAACCCACCACUGGCCCAGCACCUUCUGUAGUAUGGAACACCCAGUAUGCCAUCCCAACAUUAGCUACUGGACACUACAUGGACUCUGGCCAGAUAAAGGGAUUGACUGCAAUUCAUCGUGGCAUUUCAACUCUUCUCAAAUAGAGGACCUUCUUCCAGACAUGAAAAAGAGUUGGCCUGACUUGCUUAACCCCUUGUCUGCUUCCUUCUGGAAGUAUGAGUGGCACAAACAUGGUACUUGUGCAGCCAAAGCACCUUCCCUGAAUAGUCAACAUAAAUACUUCAGCAAAGCACUGGAACUAUACCAUAAAUUGGAUUUGGACAGCAUCCUGAAGAAGUUUGACAUCAUCCCUUCAGAAAAAUACUACAAACUAUCACAAAUUGAAGAAGUCAUAGAGAACUUCUACAGCGUCAAACCUAAGAUCCAAUGUGUCCAUCCAUCAAAGAAUGCUGAUUUCCAGAUUUUGGGGCAGAUUGAGAUCUGUUUUAACCCUGACUUCACCCUCCUGGACUGUGAGAAACAGUGUACAAUUGAGACAACAUCUAAGGGAGACUGGGACAAUCCUGUUGCGGUUAACAAGGCAUCUGGGUUCAGUGUGUGUGACCAUGAUAUGCCAGUUUACUACCCACCUCUUCCAUAAAACACAUACUGUACAUGUGCAAACUGAAACGCAGCAGCACAUUACAACCCUACUUAUACACACACAAAGAAAACAGACAAACAAAUCAACUGUACUGGGAUUUAACAUGUGUGCACACACUGCACAAUGCAGUGCAGUUAGUGACUAACUAUAAUUCUAAUUUUCUCAGGCUUCACAAUGAACAUAACUGUAAUGAUAAUGUAUGUAAAGAACAGCCUUACACAAUCAGUGCAGUCUGAAAACAUGUUUUAACUGCAUUGAAAUACUAGCUGUAACAGAUACUUGAAAAGAUCUCUUGUGCAAGGUUAUUUUUAUAUCCUACAAAAAACAGGACACACACUCCACAACUACUUAGUCCUUUAAUAGAAUUUUGUCCCUUUCUGACCCUCGCUCUUAGAUGAAUCCAAUAUAGAGCAUGGCAUGUUUCUUUUUUUCUUCAGCUCAACAGCGUUCCUCGUGGUGAGUUUAGGUAAGGUCAGACAGGCCGGCAGAUGAAUACUUUGUACAUUAAUGGCAAAUUAGUGGAAACUUUCGUCAGAUACACAAGUGACUCUUACUUCAUGUUGUUGGUUGUGUGGAUGUCAAAACAUAUUUUGACAGGUGGUCAUAUUUUAUACCACAUUUAUUAUUAUACAGUAUAUAAUAGACUAAGUGCCAUCUCUUUUUUGCAGGGAGAUAUUUUUCAUUAUUAAAUAAAUGCUUCUUCAACGUUAGAAUUCUAUCUAUUAAUCACAGUACUAUGUGCUCUAUUGUUAACUCACUACACAUAAUAUCGGGUAAAAUGCGUAUUUUUUUGGGAUCAUUAUUACAUAAAACUGCUGCUUUUCAACAACAUCCACAGCUUUCUGGUAUUAUACACUAGUGGUAGUUAUCAUUAGCUACCAUCAAAUUUUUGCCAAGUACAUAGGCCACUAAUCAAUGAUGUGCUGUAGCCUGGUAAGGUCUGUCUAUGCUACUGAAACAGGAUGGCUGGUCGCUUUUGAGUUAAAAACCAAUUUAGAACCAAUUAUAGACUAUAAAGUAAAUAUUCUAUCUGGUGUAUAGAGUAAAUGCUUGAGUUUUGUACAUUGUUCUUUCUACAUUGUCCAAUUUUUGCCACAAAUGGUUUAUGUCGUAGGAUGUGUGUAGGAUGUAGCAAAUGUUUUGGCAAAUGCCGUUUAAUCCUCAACUGAUUUGUAAAAUUACUUGUUUCUAUUUGGCUAUGGCUGUUUUUGUGCAUAAACACAUCAAUGUAGUGUAAGCUGAAAGGUAAAAUAAUAAUUAUAAUUGCAACUACAGUGGACCACUGCUGUGGUGUAAAAUUACUGAAA